AUGGGAUCGCUAAUGAUUUGUUUGUGCCUUUUGCUGGCGCUGUCGUCGUCAAUAUUUCGGCCAGUCCAUGCAUACAACGGAUGCACACCACCUGACGGUUGGUGCGUGAGCGUUGAAAUGGAGGACGUCUUUAGGGUCCUCGAUUGCGAUGGCGAUGGACUGCUGGACCUGACCUGUGUCAACAAGCUGGGCAACCGCUAUGCGCUGCUUACAACUAGGAAUUGCACUGGAGACUUUGCGGGCAGUGCGCCGGCCAAUGUUUGCCCUAGAGUCUUUGCAGUUCCACCACCACCGCCACCUUCACCACCACCUCCACCAACGUUCACAGGUUGCACACCGCCUGACGGUUGGUGCGUGAGCGUUGAAAUGGAGGACCUGUUUAGGGUCCUCGAUUGCGAUGGCGAUGGACGGCUGGACCUGACCUGUGUCAACAAGCUGGGCAACCGCUAUGCGCUGCUCACAACUAGGAAUUGCACUGGAGACUUUGCGGGCAGCGCGCCCGUCACUAUCUGCCCCAGGGCGUUUGCAGGUCCUCCCCCACCGCCGCCUACUCCCCCUCCCCCACCGCCGCCGAGAUUCACAGGUUGCAAAAUACCUUCUGGUUGGUGCGUGAACCCUGAUAUGGGGGACGUCCUAAGGGUCCUCGAUUGCGAUGGUGAUGGACUGCUGGACCUGACCUGUGUCAACAAGCUGGGCAACCGCUGGGCGCUGCUCACGACUACGAAUUGUGAUGGAGACUUUGGGGGCAGUGCGCCGGCAGAUGUUUGCCCCAGAGUCUUUGCAGUUCCACCACCACCACCGCCUUCACCACCACCUUCACCAACAUUCACAGGUUGCACACCGCCUGACGGUUGGUGCGUGAACCCUGAUAUGGGGGACGUCUUUAGGGUCCUCGAUUGCGAUGGCGAUGGACGGCUGGACCUGACCUGUGUCAACUACCUGGGCAACCGCUAUGCGCUGCUUACAACUAGGAAUUGCACUGGAGACUUUGCGGGCAGUGAGCUCCGUUCUGUACCCAUGCACCGCGGCCUGUUCUUCAACGGGGUUUAUACGGUACCUGCCAUCUUGAUGAUGUAUCCUCAUGCAGUCGCCACGGACCACGCACCGCAGUGCAACUGCGUGUGUGCUGCAUGGGGCUAUCAAAUGCAGUGA